GGCUCCGGUUCCGGUUCCGGCGGCGGCGCGGCGGCCGCAGCGCGCGCCACGUCCGCGGGGGCGGGGCCGCGCCCGGCGCGCUCCCGGCGGGCGGCGCGCGCGGUGCUGACGCGGCAGCGGCGGCCGGGCCGGACCGGGCCGAGCGCGGACAUGGUGGCCAAGCAGCGCAUCCGCAUGGCCAACGAGAAGCACAGCAAGAACAUCACCCAGCGCGGCAACGUCGCCAAGACCUCGAGAACGGCCCCGGAGGAGAAGGCGUCGGUCGGGCCCUGGCUGUUGGCGCUCUUCAUCUUCGUGGUCUGCGGAUCAGCCAUCUUCCAGAUCAUCCAGAGCAUCCGGAUGGGCAUGUGAGGGCCGGGCUGGCCAUGGCCCGCCGGCCCGGCCGCCGCGGCACCGGCCGUGUCGCAUUCCAGGUCCCUUCACCAGUCAUUCCGAGUUUUCUAGCCCGUGCCACAGUGCCUUGAACAGCACCACAUGUAUAAAGCAAUAAAAGUCUGUUGUUGAUCUACAAUCGUGGACCUACUUAUUCGCUGAAGAUCCGGCCUGCUCUCUGUAGUACGUGGAGCUAUACGCGACGUAGGUCCAUAGGAACUGGCAUCUCUUGUAAACACGGUCCCAGAUCAGUGUCACCCUCGCUGUGUAGCUGGAAACGGUUCCAUUUGACGCUGGAAGCCAGGAUUCCUGUGGAGGCUGGAGCCCGACUGUGCAGCAUGUUCCCGAGGAGCCUCCCUGCAUCCUCCGUGUGUGCAGGGCAGGGCGGGCCCACUGCAGCAUGUGGCAGUGCUCGCCGUCCCCACACCACGGCACCGCCUGCUGCUUUGUCCCAAUCCACGCAAAACGCUUCUCUGUGCAGGGCUCUGGGGUGGUGAGGAGCUGGCACGGCCGGGCAGAGCUGCUCCGGCAGGACCCGCUGCGGCAGCUCCAUGGACUGCGGGAGCACCGUGGCCAGACCUGUGGCUCCUCACACCUCUCCCGGCCGUGCCCGUGCUGUAAAUACUUCUUGGACAACUUUCAACAAGUGGUGAUAGUUUUAAAUUUGACAAUGUUGUGUGGGAAUACUGGGUGUGGAGAGGGGGGCGUGCUGCCUCCCUGCCCACAGUUCUGCUUCUGUAUGUGCAGCCCCUGCAGAGUGUGGUGUGUCUUGCAAUAUAUAUUUAAUCCUAUUUAAGGUAAAACCUGCCUUCAACUCGAUUUCUUUUAACAAUGGAUUCAGUAUUUAACUGCUUCCCUACUGGUGAUCACAAUUCCUUCUGUAGACGACUGUAAUUUGAGAUCACAUGGAAAAUGCUGCUAUUGAUCAUAUUUCCCUGCUGAUGGCCCUGACUCCUGAUGGCUCUGCUGUCUGCCUGGUGACAAAGGUGGUGGGAAUUGCUCUGCUGGUGCACACAGUUGCUAAAGGAAGAUUUCUUUUCUCCAGGUUUCUUAGAAGAUAAAUUUUAAGUCUGGUUACACUAGAAAUAAUAGAAAACAAAAUGGGUUGAGCUAAAUGAAUUGCCUGUUAGCCGUGAAGGAGCAGAUCUUUUGUACACGUUGUAUUUCCAUAUGGAAUCACUGGUGUGAGCCAGGGCCGCCCAGGGCACGGGGACCCUGUGCUGGGACACUCGUGUGCUGUGGCGGGGAAGUUGUGUCAUCGCUGAUUUUAAAUAAAGUUCUUUCCAAACACAA